AUGGAGAUUUUGUCAUCUUUCAGAAUUUCUAAAACUACUAUUGCAAUCUUGUCUCUUGUUUUGCUUUUCAACAUCCCUUAUCAAGCAUCUGGCCACCUACUUCACAGGCAGAAGACAAUCAAAUAUGACUUAUUUGCUUCACAGAUUGGAGGAGAAAAUACAUCUAAUCCAUAUGAACCUAUAUUGAAAUUUCUGAAUUCUUCAAAAUUUCCGAAUCGAAAAUCAUUUCCGCAUGGAUUUUUGUUUGGUACCGGAUCUUCUGCUCUUCAGAUUGAAGGAGCAUCUCAUGAAGGAGGAAGGGGGCUUGGUAUAUGGGACGAUAUAGUUGAACAAAAUAAAGGUCCGUUUUUAGAUGCCGAUAAAUUUUCAUCAAAAAUUGAACAUUAUAAACGAUAUAAGGAGGAUGUGCAACAUAUAAAAAAACUUGGAGUAAAUUCUUAUCGAAUGUCCAUUUCUUGGAAUAGAAUAUUACCAGAUGGAACAUUGAAAGGAGGUAUAAAUCAAGAAGGUAUCAAUUUCUACAACAAUUUGAUCAAUGAGUUACUAAAAAAUGGUAUUGAACCUUUUGUGGGUAUCAUGCACUUUGACUAUCCGUUAGCUCUUAAACAAAAUUACGGUGGUUUCUUAAAUCGCUCUAUUGUGAAAUAUUACAAAGACUAUAGUGAACUCUUAUUCAAAACAUAUGGAGAUCGGGUGAAACAUUGGACUACAAUCAAUGAAGUAGAAUUUGCAGCAUUAGUUCAGUACAUGUUCAAUAUUGAAAAUUCAUCUACUGAUCAGACAUGCACAAAUACUAAAAUAUGUACACAAACAUAUACUUUAGUUCAUAACUUCCUUCUUGCCCACGCUACUACAUCAAAAUUAUACAAAAAAAAAUUCCAAGCAAUACAAGGGGGAGAAAUUGGACUUGCUAUUACAUCAGGAAGAUAUGUUCCUUACAGUUCUAACCCUGAAGAUGUGGUUGCUGCUCAAAGGCUAAUGGAUUUUUAUUGGGGAUGGAUUUUGGAUCCAGUGUUUAAUGGAGAUUAUCCAAGAAUAAUGAAAGAGUUUGUGGGGAAUAGACUACCAAAAUUCACUAAAAAGGAGAAAUACAUGUUAAAAGGAAGCACAAAUUUUAUUGGAAUUAAUUAUUAUACUUCUCACUUUGCUAGACAUGAACCAAAUAGAACCAAGAUUACAGCUGACAAUUAUGAUGCUUUAGCGGUUUCAGAAGCUUCUAAUGUGGAAGGGAAAAUCCUUGGUUUCAAGGAUCAAUACGGUUGGAGCAAUGUCUAUCCUGAAGGAUUAUAUAAUUUUUUAAUCUACAUUAAGGAAAAAUACAAAAAUCCCAAAGUCUACAUCACAGAAAAUGGUAUUGCUUCUUCAAAAAUCUCAAAUCCACUGAAAGACGGACACCGCAUUGCUUAUGUUGCCGCACAUUUAAAUGCUACCAAGGCAGCAAUUAAUGAUGGCGUAAAUGUUCAAGGUUACUUUUUAUGGGCAGCAUUUGAUACAUUUGAAUUUCAAGCGGGUUAUUCUGGAAAUUGGGGUCUUUAUCAUAUUGAUUUUAAUGAUAAUCUGAAGCGUAUACCGACUGAUACAGCAAAAUGGUACAAAGAAUAUCUUACACAUGAUUUGAGACACUAA